CUGUUCCUGUCAGGGUAUAUAUUGGCCCGUCGGACUGUGACAGGUACCACACACCGGCUGAAUUCUCCUCUCCGUCUUCCAAAAAUCCGACCACAUCGAAAACAUGAGUUCCCCAGACCUGACCGUGGAGGAUUGUAUGUCUCUGAUGAUCCUGAAAUUCGAGGAAUACGCCAAGAAAAGGGACGCCGACGCAAACACCCUGAACACCGACGAGCUGUACGACCUCGCCGUCGCCGAGUUCCCCACAAUCAGUGGAAGCGGGAAGAAGGACGAGGUCCUGAAGGGAAUCAUCGGGAAGAUGGACGCCAACAACGAUAAGAAGGUGACCUUCGAGGAGUUCAUGUGUUUCUCGGCUUCGGUGGCCAUAACUUUAAGGGAAAUCAUGAACCAGUAAAAGUGUCCUGACUGAGCGCGCGGGGGGCGGGGCAUCAGUACUGAAUACCGAAUGAAACCACACCCCCGAAUUCAGCGAUUGUGCGAUCUUUUCAAUAAAAGUAAAAAUGAUUUGGAUACGA